CAUCACUCUUCCAAUCCGCGCUAACCACUAUAACUCUCGAAGUUACUCGCCCAAUCAUAGCUGUCUUCCAGGACCCCAUCGGGCCUAUCUUAAAACCUCAUCGAUGGCCCCAAACUCGUAGAUUUUCUAGUUUCCUCGUAGACCACUGCAUAUUCCUACUCUCAUCUCUCCUCUUUCUCGAGAAGCUUAUACUACUCUUGGAUUCUAAUUUAAACAAUUAUAUAUUACUCAAUACAUAGCUAAACCCUCACCAUGCGUCUGCCCUACGUUCCCAACCCUCCCCACUUCACCGAUCCCACCGACCAAGCAAUCCUCGAACGCGUCCAGAAACGUCGGGGCGAGAGGGGCCUGCUAGAGCUAGAUCGUGCCCUGCUACACUCGCCGCCUGUGGCAGAUGGCUGGAACUCCUUCCUCGGCGCCAUUCGUACCCGCACCACAAUCCCCGCCUCCAUCCGCGAAACCGCCAUCUGCCGCGUUGCUGUGCUGAAUAAAGCGUGGUACGAAUGGGAGCAUCACGCACCAUUACUUCGAGAAUGUCCGGGGAUCACAGAGGAAAUCAUGCAAUACAUCAAAAAUGCGCCUCCUGCCCCAAGAGGAGGGGGUGGGGAAGCAGGCGUGGGAUACGCUGGGCCAUUAGAUGAGAAGCAUGCUACUGUGCUGGCGUAUACGGAUCAGAUGACGAUAGGGGUGGCGGUGGAGGAUGGGGUGUUUGGGGAAUUGAAGAGGCUGUUUGAGGAGAGGGAGGUUGUGGAGAUUACGGCGACGGUGGCGGCAUAUAACUGUGUGAGUCGGUUUUUGGUGGCGUUGGAUGUUGGGGAGAAGAAUGCAUGAGUGAGGGAAGUGACUGUGAGACUUUAGCCUCUAGGGUGCCUUUUUGGGCCUUUCAAAUACAAGAUAGAGUGGAAAGGAGCCUGGCUCUGAAUGUUUCCUGAUGAGACUACGAGAGAGCUAGUCUAGGAUGCCGGUGCCGCACAAGGGUCAGAGAAAUAAGAGUUGUUCCAGGUUACUUAAAAACGCGAUACUAGUACGUAGACGGCGUAGAUUUGUCAGUUCGGGUGGUUGGAACGCGAAGCCGAGGAGCGAGACGGAGCGAGGGUUAUCUCAGCUGGUUCGGACUUCCUUUUUCCUCUUCUUUUCCGGACAUUUACAAAACCCGGCGUCGAGUCGUUUGAGAGCACACUGAAGUGAAGCAGAAUAUGGGUGCUUCAGUUCGUUGUGACACACAGUUAUUCGGUGGGUCUCUCUUUAGAGCCAAUUAUGGACACAGUAGAACUAGGCUUACAUGUAACAAAAUCAUAGAGUGACGAGGCCUGAAGCUGAUGCAUG